GACCCUUUACCACCAGCAGCCGCCGGCACCACCGCUCCUCCUCCAUUUCGAUCCAAAUCACACAUCCGCUCCAAGGAAGGAAGCCGUCAGCCAUGUCCGGCCGCGGCAAGGGAGGGAAGGGGCUGGGCAAGGGCGGAGCCAAGCGCCACCGGAAGGUGCUGCGGGACAACAUCCAGGGCAUCACCAAGCCGGCGAUCCGGCGUCUCGCUCGGAGGGGCGGCGUGAAGCGCAUCUCGGGGCUCAUCUAUGAGGAGACCCGCGGCGUGCUCAAGAUCUUCCUCGAGAACGUCAUCCGCGACGCCGUCACCUACACCGAGCACGCCCGCCGCAAGACCGUCACCGCCAUGGACGUCGUCUACGCGCUCAAGCGACAGGGACGCACCCUCUACGGCUUCGGCGGCUAGGCCGCGCUCGAACUCACCUCGUGCCGUCAAAUUAGUCGCUUAGCUGUGGUUGUUCAGUGUUCAUCGUCUUCAGUGUAACGGCCGCAUCUCGCUGCUGUUGUUCAGUGUUGUGUGCUUGGAUGCACUAUGAUGGAAUGGAAAUCGCAGCAUUUUACCCCUGAA